GUGAAAUCGAGCGGAAUUCAGUCGCACUUCUGGUGUACUAUCGUCGUUAACGUUUUUCUAUACACGAGAACGCAGUACGGGAGCAUCGCAAGGAUCGAUCGAUCAUAGUGUGACUCACUCGACGUGGAAUUAAAUAGAGGAAAAAAAAAGAGAAAAAAAAGAGAGAGAAAGAGAAAGAGAAAGAGAGAUAAAGUUCCUUUAGAAUUGAUAACACAUAUGAGAGUCUCAUUAUUGAACGGACAAUUAUCAGUAUCAGCACGAUUGUCCUUACUAAAUCAUGCUCCUAGUGACCCUUUUUCUUUUUUUUCUUCAGGCCUUAGUGAACGGCGACUCUUGCGGAUCGAAUUGCGAAAAAUCCGAGAGACCGAAAAGAGUCUUCAACAUUUAUUGGAAUGUUCCUACCUUUAUGUGUCAUCAAUAUGGUCUCUACUUCGACGAGGUGACAAAUUUUAAUAUAAAACAUAAUUCUAAGGACAAUUUCCAGGGAGACAAGAUAGCAAUUUUUUAUGAUCCUGGAGAAUUCCCGGCGUUAUUGCCACUCAAUUAUGGCAAAUAUAAGAUAAGAAACGGUGGAGUUCCUCAAGAAGGUAACAUAACGAUACAUCUUCAAAGAUUUAUCGAAUAUUUGGAUAAAACAUAUCCAAAUAGAAACUUCAGUGGUAUCGGUGUAAUCGACUUUGAAAGAUGGAGACCGAUCUUCCGACAAAAUUGGGGCAAUAUGAAGAUAUAUAAAAAUUUUUCAAUAGAUUUAGUUCGCAAAGAACAUCCAUUCUGGAAUAAAAAGAUGAUCGAAUUGGAGGCAUCGAAGAGGUUCGAAAAAUAUGCCAGACUUUUCAUGGAAGAAACUUUGAAAUUGGCCAAAAAGACUAGGAAGCAGGCUGAUUGGGGUUAUUAUGGAUAUCCCUAUUGCUUUAAUAUGUCGCCUACUAAUUUCGUUCCUGAUUGUGACGUUACAGCGAGAGACGAGAACAACGAGAUGUCGUGGCUGUUCAAUAAUCAAAAUGUACUUCUACCAUCGGUCUACAUUAGACGUGAACUGACCCCUGAUCAAAGAAUUGGUUUAGUGCAAGGAAGAGUAAAGGAAGCUGUUAGGAUCUCGAACAAAUUAAAGCAUUCACCGAAAGUGUUCUCUUAUUGGUGGUACGUGUAUCAGGACGAAACGAAUACUUUUCUUACCGAGACCGACGUGAAAAAGACUUUCCAAGAGAUAGUGAUAAACGGUGGGGAUGGUAUCAUUAUAUGGGGUAGCUCGUCCGACGUAAACAGCUUAAGUAAAUGUAUGAGAUUGCGGGAGUAUCUGUUAACGGUUUUAGGACCAAUCGCGGUUAACGUGACAGAAGCCGUUAACUUACACACGACUACAUCGGGUAGAGGAGGAGGAGGUGGUGGAGGAGGAGGAAGAAGAGGAGGAGGUGAAGAAGGAGGUGGAGGAGAACGGAACACGAGAGAUCGGCAGCACAGUUUCGUGCUCAGCUCAGCUCGGUUCGGCUCAGCCUCGUAUCGGCCUCGGUCUUUCGAGCCAAAAAAGGUACGGAUUUUCCUUGACGAGUGUAACUCCUUGACCGUUAUCAACAAAGUCCUAACUUAUCAUCGUACGUCUCGAAUCGCGCGGUUACGCGAGACGAGCGCUUUUAUUAAAAUCUAUCUUGGAUACACGCGUAGAUCUUCUCUUGCUUGGUGCGUAGUACGCGUUUGCGACGUCGCUGCCGUAUACCGAGAGAUCAUGGAAUCUACGUGGCACUUAAUGACAACAGUCAUUUUCUUUUUGGUUCAAUCGAAUAUAUUACACGCCCAUCGGGAACAUAAGGUCCACAACAUAGUACUCUAUCCAGACAAGCACAGUUGGUGCAAAACGACGCCUAUCAAGCAGGUAGUCGCGUGGCCUCAAUGCUCAUCCCAAGAGCUCGACAACAACGUGUGCGUUGGAGCUUGUUUCUCUUACAUGGUACCCCACAGCGAGCCGUCCGCUCCUGGUGAUUUGAUAAGACCCUAUUGCGACUCGUGUCAGCCUCUCGACAGUGUUUGGCAUACAGUUACUUUGGAUUGUAAGGAUGAGGGAAAUAAUCCUAUGACUAUGCAGAAAAAGGUUCAAAUAAUAACGAACUGUUCCUGCAGUUCGUGCAUGGAGACAUCUAGGAUCAAACCUGAUUACAAUACUUUACUUCAAUCAUUGGCGGUCGAAAAUUUGGAUAAGAACGUUAACGUUGUUCACGAGACACCAGAUCUUUUGUUGAAUCCUAAUUUGAAUUCAUCGAAGAAUACAACAAGAGACGGUGUGGAAGCUAACGAAAGAUUUCUCCAAUUGUUCAAGCAAGGAUUGAAGGAUUCAGAGAAAUUAGACGAGACAGGUGCGAAGGAACUUUUUUCGAAAUUCGGAGAGGAAAUCGAUAUGGACAAGUUGAGGGAUUUGUUGAAGAAAUAUAGUCAAGAGGACGAGAGGCAUCAACAACAUCAACAAACUAAUAAACAACAACAACAACAACAGCAACAACAUCACGGUGCUACAACGAUGCUACAUCGAGGUCCUCAUCAUUCGAUGGUUUUGGAUUCUGGUGUUAAAGAAAAAAUCGACGUUGAGCCACAUUAUUUACAUCCAGCGGUGGCUGGUCAAGAGAUCAGUUAUCAUGACAACGUUGUCGUCGACAAGGGCAAGAAGAAAGAUUUUUGAGAUCUUUCGAUCGAAAAACGAUCGUCUCGUUUUACGAAAUUGGAUGCCGACCUGGGUUCUUCGAACGAGUUGGACGACGAACGAGCGGAUCGUAGAACGGACUAAUUGUAAGCGAAGGAACGACAGUUUCCCACGCUGAUUCCACGAGAAUUGAUCGGUAAGGAAUUUCAUGCCUGAUCCAAUCUUAAGGCAUCAACACAAUACAGUAGAUAGAAAUCUUAUUCUUUCAUUUUCGUUUUUAUUUUUAUUUUUUUUUUCUUUUUCAUUUUUUUUUUGUUUCCUUGUUUUUUGUUUUCUCUCUCAUUAAUGAUAAAGAUAUUUAAACUGCUUAAGGGACAUGCAAUUUUAAUUAUUCACAAUCGAAUCAUUCUUCAGCUUAUCUUUUUUAUAUGUAUAUAGAUAAUAGUACAUUUUUUUUAAAUUAUUCUGCACUUGUCAAUACUACGAAUUUGUUCGUUCGUAAGAAUUCGAACGAGGAUAUCGAGAGAAAUAGAGAUAAAUAGAAAAAGAAGGAGAAAGGUAGAAAAAAUAGAGAGAGAGAGAGAGAGAGAGAGAGAGAGAGAGGGAGAGAAAGCACGUGAUCGGAUUCGAUACCGUGACUUUCGAAUAUUUCGUGUUUCGAUUUUUCGAAAAUCGAUCAUGUAUAGAUUAAAAAUAAAUGGAAAGCUAGAGUUUUCUUGUAA